AUGUUGCUGGAAGUAUCAAGAAUAUCGCUGGCGAAAAAAAGAGAAGAAAGAGCUCGUCAAAGUGAAGAUGAAUGUAAUCUAGCAACAAUAUUGGCAAGAGACAAAGAAGUGGUGUCAGACUUUUUUCUGAUAAAUACGCUCCAAAGCCCGACGAGGCAUGGAAAAAGAAAAGAUGUGGGAGAUCUAUUUGAAGAUAUAAUUGAAUACUGUUCUGCUAAAUUCAAAACCAGACUUGAAAAACUUAUGAAAGAUAUGAAUGAUGAAUCAACGAGAAAUAUAUUAUAUCUUUCAAAAAUGCUUUUUCCACCAAAAAAUAGCGAUGUGCCGGCGAUAUCUGAUAGCGAGGGAGAAAUCAUUGCCGUUAAUAUUAUUAAUGGUGAAAUUGAUAGUGAUUUGGAUGGCAUGAUCGACACCAUACCUAAACAUACAGGUUAG